GUAGGGGCGGCGCUGUGAGUCGCGUGACCCUAAAGCGUGGGCCGCACCGCGUGGACACGAGCUUGAGGGUGCGCAGCGUUUGGGGUCAUCUGGGUGUGCGGGGCUGAGAGGCGGGAGUGCGAGCUCUAAGAGGGCUCUGGCCCAGCGGUCUCCGCGCUGCUGCUGCUGCUGCGGGGGCGCGGAUCCGGCUGGUCGCGGCCUUGCCCUGCGCUGUGAGAGGCGCCGGGGCCGACCGCCUCCCAUUGCUGGAGCCAAGUUUCGCUUUCUCGCCGGGUGCCCAGCCGCCUUGGUCCCGGAACUGAGCGGACCCCGCUGUCCCGCGGCGGACAGCGAAGCUCUGACCUUUCCAGGAGUCCUGGCGACGUGUGGAAAGCGUAGAGUUCCUGCCCUGCCUGGCCCUGGUGUCAGGACAAUUCGGCCUGGACAGCCGAACCUGCACCCCUACGCUCCCGACCCUUUCGCUAGCGCUAUAUGUACCUGCGCUAAUUUAGGAAAAAGGUGUAACCUCCGAGGGCCGCAGCACCCUGAGCGCAGUGUUGGCCAACUCCCUGGGCCAGGGGUUCGAGGCCAGAGUGGGCGCCUUUCCAGACAGCGGCGUUGAGAGCGAGUGGGCGCGAGUAUUUGCAUACUAGGGAGGCGGGUGCGAAACGCUGCUCUCUUCUUUUGGGUGUUGAGCCUAGAGCUUUUGCGCUGAGCUAUAUCCCCGCCUUUUUAAAUAAAAUCUUUAAUUUUAGGAAAGGAUUGUAUAAGUCAUUAAAUUGACCUACCUGGGCUUCUAUUUGCGAUCCUCCGUCCUCAACCUCUUAAGAGGGCUGGCAUUACAGACCUGUGCCACCCAAGGACCGCUGGUCCAGGCAUCUAGUAAACAAAAAUAUAUAUCCAUGUAGGAAAUCUGCAUUAACAAGAAGAGCAGCCCGUUGGGCCACAGCUGUCAGCACCCGAGGGACUGUAUCUGCAUAACAACACCCCUAGCUCCUUCGGCUCCCGGUCCCUUCCUUCACCCACCCACCCACUACUUGCCCGGCCACUCUGGCCCCAGACCAGAUUCUUUUCCGCAGCUCUGGAGACUGCAUAACCUUCAGCGAGCUGCCUCGUACUUCUGGAUUUUGUGGGAUUCCCACGCGUGCAUCUGCGGGACCCGCGGUCAGCACUUCCUCAGGCAUGGAGUGUCCUCAGUGCCAGCACGUCUCCAGCGAGGAACAUCCCAAGUUCUGCAGUCAGUGUGGACUGCAGCUGGUCCCCGCAGCUUCCGCGGCAGAUGCUGAGAACAAUUCCCUGAUUCACUCAGUUCCUGAAGGAGAGCAGGAGCACGGGGAACCUCUGAAGGAGGACAGGGACCUGCAUUCCAUCCCAGGCUGCAGUGAUUGGCAGGAAAAUUCAGAAGACCCCAAUUCUGAUGGCUCCUGGACCCUCGUCCACAAAAAGAGUAAAAGGAAGAGAGGGAAGAAAAAGAAUCAGAAUCUGUCCAGUGCCUCGGAGCCGAGCUCCUUGUACCCGUCUCUCUCCGACUGUUCAAGUCUGAAUGUGUUCUCUAUCCUCGACGCCAUGGACACAGCUGUGCCCGACAACCAAGCCCAACAGGGUGACCUGGACAGCCAGCCUGGCCAACCUCUAGACUCAGAGAUGGUGCUGGUGGAGGGAGGUGGCCCUUUUGACUCUGUUGAGCAUGCUGAGGGUGGCAACAGCCCUGUGCAGGCUCAGAAUGCCACUGCCACUGGCACAGCCCUGGGAGGCAUGGCCCAGGAGCCCCCAAGAGGGCAGGAUCACAAUUCCUCCGUACCCUCUAAAGACCAAAGUCCCUCUAAGGAGCAGUCCAGCCCAACCGCCUCUCCCUGUGAAGACCACCUUGCAGCUGUGAAUGUCACUCAGCAGUCCAAAUCUAAAAGGGACAACUCAGAACCAAAGGACAAAGCACAGAAGGAAAGACAGCAGACAGGGUCACCAACAUCCGGGGGAAAGGAUGAUACAGCUAAGCCAAAUGACAGAGCCCACAUAGCCACCAAGGAUAUAAAGGACAGGACUCAGCCAGCCAAACAGCCACUGGAGAGCUCCACUACACCCAAGGAAUCCUGCCAGAAAGCAGAAGCCAAGGGCAAGUCAGCUGUUGCUGGGGAAAAACCCAAUAAAAAUGGAAAUGUGAAGCUAGAAGACAGGAAGAAGGCAGAAGACAGCAGCAGAACUCAAUCAGCAGCUGGAAAGAAAGAGAAGGAGCAGAGGAACCAGAGUGCUGUGGCACAGGAGGUCACAGCAAGCACACUGAAUCCCGGUGAAGGACUUACCGUGUACUUCCAUGCCAUCGUCUCCAACGACUUUGCAUUUGACCCCAGCUGCCACCAAAUAUUUGUACGCGGCAGCAUAGAACGUGAGAAGUCUGAGUGGACAAACCUUUGUGAGAUGUACUACACCAAGAACUUACAGGAGAAUGGGUGUCUCAUCGAGGGCAGCAUGGCCAUUCUUAAGCAGGGCAUAAACCAUUCCUUCCCAUACAAGUAUGUCAUUGUCAAAGCACCAGACUCUAUGGAGUUUGAAUUCAUCUAUAAGAAGCAGAAGAAAGGUGAAUUUGUCAACCGCUGUCUGUACAUACCAGCCCACCUGGUGGCUGAGGGAGAAUGGCAUCAGUAUGAUGACAUCAUCUGCAUGAGGCCUGGGGUGUGGCAGAAAACCAGAGAUUUCUUCACUGACGGGAUGAGGAAGAGCCUGGUGGCCGGGAAGCAUAUAGCGGCUGCAGUCAUGCUGGACCGCGUCUUCAGCAUCCUGCAGACCUGGAACCUCAUCAACCUGAAGAACUUUAUCAUACAGUUCCAGCAGUUUUACUAUGUCACCAGAGAGCCUGUCGUUUACGAGGGGAAGAAAGAGAUAUGGAGUGAUCUGCAGUACACGGAGAAGGAGGUGAAGGAGCAACUGUGGGAGUAUUUGAAGAAACUGAUGGCCCCGUUUCUGGAAGCCAACAGUGGGGACGCCCUGCCUAAAGACCUGCCGGUGAAGAGCAAACUGCAGAUAGGCCUGAUUGUCCUUCUUAUAGUGAACAAAAUUCACAUUUCCCUGUCGAAAUCUGACUGCUCCUCCCUGAGCUGCCUCCUAGUCCCCAGCGCCAGUUCACCAGAUGCCCUGCGCAGAGAUCUAGAGCUCUUUCUCAGCAUAGAUGAGAGGUGGCCAGUGUUCCUGGUAAACCUGUACCAAUCAUGCAUGGAACACGGGAUCCACCAGUGGCUGGGCACCCUGCCAGUCCUACACUACUGCCUGCAGCUGACCCCUGCCAAGACUGAGCCAGUGAACCACCCAGAGGACAUGUGGGCAGCCCUCGAAGGGAUCCUCUUUGCAAAGUUUCGGGAAAGCACAGCCAAUCUGGAUCAGUUGCUUCAGUUUGUGAAUAAAAACAAGCAUUUGCUACAUGUGGACAAGUACCUCUUCCGGUCCUGGUUUAGUUUGCUCCCGCUGGGAGCCCUGGUGGAAUACAUGGACAAGACCACCGAGUUCCUGAACAAUGCGCCUGCUUGUGUUUUGGACUGUUUCAUCGGGAUUCACUAUCGGCUGGCAGAACUAAAGAUUUCUCCCCAAAGUGUGGUGGAUGUUGAGAAAAUUUUUAAGAAGCUGCUGCAGCUCGUGGACACUUACCAUGGCGUGAUUCUGGAGCAGACCCUGGUGCAGUGUUACCUGCCUUUGUCCCUCAAACUGCAUGAAGCUGUCUGCAGCAACAUCGGAGACCACAAGUUCUAUGAGAUCCCCGCCUUGUCUGCAGAACUCAUCUGCAGAAUUAUUAGACUUGAGCCACUACAGAACAUAGAAGGCCCAGGGUUUAAAGACAGCAAGACUGUGUUCCAGGGUGCUCUGACUGCCACUCGAAACUGGCUCAAGAAAGUGUUGAAAAGGAACAUGCUGUAUGCAGGGAUUUAUGUCAUGUUCUCUUAUUCCGAGGAGAUUAAGGUCUGGCGGCGGCUGGUGGGCAUAGACUUCCCUGGGGCACAUGGCUGGAAACAGUCGCUGCUGGGGGACAUGGAAGGAAGGCUGAAGCAAGCACACCCUCGCCUCCAGAUCGCUGCCUUCUGCAGCACUCAGUGGGAUGCCACCAGCCCCAGUGACAGUGUGGCCAGAAGCUUCCAGAAUUGUGUCUUUGAAGCUGUGAGCUCCACUUGCCAGUCUCAGACCAGCAUCCUUGAAGGAAUCUCCUGCCGUGAUUGCCAGAAACUUGGCAUCGUGCUGUCUGCUGUGAUUACCAAGUCCUGGCCGCGGAGUGGUGGGCAAGCUGUGGAUGACCCAGAUGAGAUUCUGAAAUACCUGCUCACGUGGCGAGAUGUGGAGCAGCUCUUCAAGUUGUAUGGAACUGAUGAGAAAAUUUUAGCCAGUAUUACAGAGGAAGGCCAGAAGUUGAUGGCUGUAGCCGACUCUGUGUUUACAAAAUUUGCUGGUGACCUCCAGGAUGGGACCAUUUUAGUUGGACAAUUGGAGCUGAUCUGGAAGCACAAGACUCAGUUCCUGAGCAUCUGGGAAUUGAAGAGAAAAUGUCCUUCAGUUCAAGAGAACCAGUGUAAUAUGAAGGAAGUGCUGGAGUGGCGAAGGAAGGAGCUGGCCUUUCUAAAGAAAGAGACGAGAUGUGUGGACAGCCUCCUGAAGAUGUGCGGGAAGACAAGACACCUGGUACCAGUGGAUUUUGGGGAGAUGGAGGCAAUACACUCUGAAGACCUCAACAGCAAGAGACUAGAUAAAGCCAUAACCGUGACACUACCCACAUGUCCCGUCUCCAAAUACAUGACACAUUACGCCCUGAGCUCUCAGGUCCAAGAAAUGGCUGAACAGAUAGACUUGCUGAAAGACAGCCACAUCUUUCAGAUUCUAUGGGAAGAGACGGCGGAGUUGCUGAGUGAUCCUGAAGAGGAACACGAAGGGCAAGACUUGCAGCUUACAGAGGUCUAUGAAGACUUGUACCUUCCUUGUUAUGACAAGUUCACUGAACUUUAUCAUAAUCUGAAAUCAGGAAAGGUCACCUUUGCCAGAAUCAAUGGCAUCUUCAAGGACUUUGAAGGUAAAUAUGAUGACUUGGAAGCCGACCUCCAGCUCAUGUGUCAAGUGAAGCCACAUGCUAAGAAGGACUGGAUCCCGGAGCGCAUCCAGCAGAUCAAGGAGUACCAUAGCCUGCACCAGGCUGUCAGCUCAGCCAAGGUCAUCCGGCAGCUCAAGGAGAACUUUGAAUUGACCGGGGAUUUCAGUGUUCUUCGCACUUUAUUAAACUUUAAUGAUGACUUCGAGAGCUUUUGCCAUGAGACACUGGACCAGAUCAGCCCACAGCUUAUCCAGGCCAAGAAGAAGCUACAAGAUAUCAGCGAGCCGCGCCGCCAAUGUCUGGAAGCGCUGUGCCUGCAGACAGAACUUGUCAGCUGGCUCCAUGAGGCACUGGAAGGUAUCAAUGAACUCAAGGUGUUUGUAGAUUUGGCCUCCAUCUCAGCGGGGGAGAACGACAUCGAUGUGGACCGUGUGGCCUGCUUCCAUGAUGCUGUGCAGGGCUACGCCUGCCUGCUCUAUGAUCUGGAUAAGACAGCAGACUUUGAGGUGUUCAUAGGCCAUCUGACAAAGCUCUGGAAGGCUCUAGACAAUGACGAGAACCUGCCCGAUAAGCUGCGAGAUUCUGCCAGGAACUUGGAGUGGUUGAAAACAGUGAAGGAAAGCCAUGGGUCCGUCGAGUUGUCAUCCCUGACCCUGGCCAAAGCAAUCAACAGCAAGGGCAUCUAUGUGCUCAAGGCACCCACAGGUGGCCAGAAGAUUUCCCCGGAUGCCGUCCUGAACCUCAUUCUCCCUGAGAACCCUGGCAGCAUGGAGGAAGUGCGCAGUUACUCUUUGGAGGAGCUGAAGGAGCUUUUGAAUAAGCUGAUGCUGAUGUCUGGCAAGAAAGACCACAACAAUGAGGAAGUGGAGAGGUUUUCUGAGGUGUUCUCUGGCAUGCAGCGUCUCCUGCAGGCUUUCCUCAACCUGUACACUGCUGGCAACAUGCUCUUCAGGGCCUGGACGGCUGAGGUCUAUUGCUCCCCCGGGAAAGGUAAAUCCAUCCGCCUGGACUUCGGCUUGGCACUGUUGAAACAGCUGUCAGAGGAAGGGGAUGUCAUCGUGUGCCUGGAAGCCCUCUGCAGGCAGAUGGAGCAUUUUCUGGACCAGUGGAAGAGCUUUGUGAAGGAGAAACGUGCCGAGCACUUUUACCUCAACUUCUACACUGCUGAACAGCUGGUCUACCUGAGCACUGAGCUCCAAAAGCGCUACCCCAGCGAAGCUGCCCUGACCAUGCUAUCCUUCAUCAAAAGUAACUGUACCCUAGAUGACAUCCUAAGGGCCACUGGAAGGUGUGAUGGCACGCCUUCCUUAUACAGUGUGAAUCCCAUGGGGACAGAAUUAUCACGGCAGCUGAACUCUAAGGUCAGCCUGGAGACCAAGCUACAGUUCAUCAUGGAGCAGUCCCUGGUGUGCCCGAGUGCCUUCCUGCCUGCCUGUCUUGACCUGGAUGCCCUUGGUCUCUGUCUGGCUCAGCUGGCUCACAUGGCUGGGUCCCCAGUGGAGCGGCCUCUCCCAAAUGGCCUGCGCAUGGGCCAGCCCAACCUGGUCUUGUGUGGCCACUCUGAGGUGCUGCUUGCUGCCCUAGCCAUCUACAUGCAGGCUCCGGACAAACCCCUGCCCUCCUUUGAUGAGGUGCUACUGUGUACCCCAGAGACCACAUUUGAGGAGGUGGCACUGCUCCUACGCCGCUGCCUCACCCCAGGUGCUCAGGGGCACAAGAUCUACAGCCUGCUGUUUGCCGACCAGCUGAACUAUGAGGUGGCCUCCCAGGUGGAGGUACUUUUCCACAACCUGUGCACACAGCACCACCGCGAGGACUACCAGCUGGUAGUAAUCUGUGAUGCAGCCCGGGAGCACUGCUGCCUCCCCUCAGCAUUCAGCCAGCACAAAACCCUCUUCACCCCACAGGAGUCCAUCCUGGGCAUCCAGGCCUACCUUAAGCACCACUACAAGGUCCCAAAACAGAUCCCAUCAGCAGCUUCAGUGUUCAGAGACCGGAUGUGUGUUGGAAUCGUGACCUCCGAGAGAGCGGGUGUUGGAAAGUCUCUCUACGUGAAGAGACUGUGUGGCAAACUGGAAGAGAAGUCCAGUGGUAACAAGGGAUCUUUGAAAGUUAUUCGGCUGACUGACCCUCGGGUGGAUGAGAACCAAGUCCUAGGCUCCCUCCUACCCUUCUUGGAUGCACGAUACAAGAAGAAGCCUAUGAUUUUCCACUUAGAUGUGACUGCUUCCGUACAGACUGGAAUUUGGGUCUUUCUUUUCAAACUCCUCGUUUUGCAAUACCUCAUGGAUAUAAAUGGAAAAAUGUGGCUUCGGAACCCACGCCAUUUAUAUAUUGUUGAAAUCCUGGAAGGAAAGUCGGCAAUGCUAAACAGGCCUUCACACCCGCGUGCACAUGCCCCCCAGUACAGUUUUCUUGACAUCUUCCCCAAAGUCACCUGUAGACCUCCUAAAGAAGUGAUAGACAUGGAACUGACUCCCAGAGGAAGCAACGGAGAGCCCAGAAUGGACAAGAUAGAGUUCUGUAGUGAGACUUUCCAGAGACCUUACCAAUAUUUAAGACGAUUCCACCAAAACGAAGACCUAGACACAUUUAAAUACCAAGAAGGCUCUGUGGAAGGCACUCCAGAAGAAUGUGUCCAGCACCUCCUGAUUUACUGUGGGGUGGUGAACCCAUCUUGGUCAGAACUUCAGAACUUUGCUCGCUUCUUAAACUGUCAGCUCAGAGACUGUGAGGCCUCUAUCUUCUGCAAUGCAGAGUUUGUUGGGGACACACUGAGGGGCUUCAAGAACUUUGUAGUAACCUUCAUGGUCUGCAUGGCGAGAGACUUUGCCACACCAACACUGCACACCUCUGACCAAAGCCCAGGGAAUUACAUGGUCCCCUUGGAUGGGGUUGAAGAAGAAGACCUAGCCCCCUUCUCUCUCCGAAAGAGGUGGGAAUCAGAACCCCAUCCAUAUAUUUUUUUCAAUGGUGACCGGGUGACCAUGACAUUCAUUGGCUUCUACCUCCAGCCCAAUAGCAAUGGCAGCAUUGAUGCCAUCAAUCACUUGAAUGGGAAAGUAAUCAAGAGAAAUGUCAUGACCACAGAGCUGUACAGGGGGCUGUUGCUGCAGAGGGUGCCUUUCAACAUUGACUUUGAUAGUCUGCCCAGACAUGAGAAACUUGAAAGGCUUUGUCAGGCAAUAGGGAUCCAGUGGGCCAUUGACCCUGAUGAAACCUAUGAGCUUACAACAGACAACAUGCUUAAGAUCCUAGCCAUUGAAAUGCGAUUUCGGUGUGGGAUCCCAGUUGUUAUCAUGGGAGAAACUGGCUGUGGGAAAACCAGACUCAUUAAGUUCCUCAGUGACCUGCGGCGUGCUGGUGCCAACACCAACACCAUGAAACUGGUCAAGGUCCACGGAGGAACGACGCCCAGCAUGGUCUACUCCAGUGUCAAGGAGGCUGAGGACAUUGCCUUCAUCAAUAAGUACCAAUACUGGUUGGACACCAUCUUGUUCUUUGAUGAAGCCAACACAACAGAAGCCAUAAGUUGUAUCAAAGAAGUUCUGUGUGAUGGGACAGUGAAUGGCUGUCCACUGGAGGACAACUCGGGCUUGCACAUCAUAGCUGCCUGCAAUCCUUACCGGAAACACUCACAGGAGAUGAUCUGCCGCCUAGAGUCAGCUGGUUUGGGAUACCGGGUCAGCGCUGAGGAGACAGCAGAGAAGCUGGGCUCCAUCCCCCUGAGGCAGCUGGUGUAUCGCGUCCACGCUCUGCCACCAAGCUUGAUUCCUCUGGUGUGGGACUUUGGGCAACUGAAUAACACUGCUGAGAGGCUGUAUAUCCAGCAAAUUGUCUGGAGACUGGCGGACUCCAUGCAGAUAGAUGACAGUGAGAUUCGCAUGAUCACAGACGUGCUGUCCGCCUCCCAGGGCUUCAUGAGGCAGAGAGAGAAUGAGUGCAGUUUUGUCAGCCUCCGGGAUGUGGAGCGCUGUGUGAGAGUCUUCCAGUGGUUCCACAAGCACAGCAAUAUGCUCUUGGAACAUCUCAACACCUUUCUCUCCAAAUCCAAUGCUAGCAAAAAUAACUUCAAGAGAGAUCCUGUCCUCUGGUCCCUGGUACUGGCCAUUGGGGUCUGUUACCAUGCCUCCUUAGAAAGGAAAGAACCAUACCGGAGGGCCAUCUGCAAAUUCCUGCCAGAGCCAUACAAGGACAGCAAGGUUGUCCUGGAUGAGAUCACUCAGGCCCAGGAUCUCUUUCUAAGUGGUGUACCCCUCAGGAAAACCAUUGCCAAGAACUUGGCUUUGAAGGAGAAUGUCUUCAUGAUGAUCAUCUGCAUUGAGCUGAAGAUCCCCCUCUUCCUGGUGGGGAAGCCAGGCAGCUCCAAGUCUCUUGCAAAGACCAUAGUGGCAGAUGCCAUGCAAGGCCAGGCUGCACAUUCCAGUCUCUUCCGUGCCCUAAAGCAAGUCCACCUGGUGUCCUUCCAGUGCAGCCCACACUCUACCCCCCAAGGUAUCAUUGGUACCUUCAGGCAGUGUGCCCGCUUCCAGCAGGGUAAGGACCUACGGCAGUAUGUCUCUGUAGUAGUGCUAGAUGAGGUCGGACUGGCUGAAGACUCCCCCAAAAUGCCCCUGAAGACACUACACCCCCUGCUGGAAGAUGGCUGCAUUGAAGAUGACCCUGCGCCCCACAAAAAAGUUGGCUUCAUAGGCAUUUCCAAUUGGGCCCUGGACCCUGCCAAGAUGAACCGGGGCAUUUUUGUGUCACGUGGCAGUCCCAAUGAGAAAGAGCUCAUAGAUAGUGCCAAGGGGAUCUGCUCUUCUGACAACCUGCUUUUGGACAAAAUCCAAGGGUACUUCGGCCCCUUUGCCAGAGCAUACGAAGUGGUGUGCAAGAAACAGGAUAAGGAGUUUUUUGGGCUUCGUGAUUACUACAGCCUCAUCAAGAUGGUUUAUGCCAUGGCUAAGGCAUCUAAUAAGAAGCCUUCCCCACAGAAUAUUGCACAGGCUGUCCUUCGGAACUUCAGUGGCAAAGAUGACAUCCAGGCCUUGGACAUUUUCACAACCAGUUUGCCUGAAGCCAAGUGGACGGAGGAGGUCAACACCAUUGAGCUGAUCAAGCAGAACAUUUAUGGAGGUCUGCAGAGGGCCUUAGGCACAGAACUGGAUGACACUGAGACCCGCUACUUACUCGUGCUGACCAAGAACUAUGUGGCCCUGCAGAUCCUGCAGCAGACCUUCUUUGGUGAGGACCAGCAGCCAGAGAUCAUUUUUGGUUCCAGCUUUCGCCAGGACCAAGAAUACAUGCAGAUCUGCCGCAACAUCAACCGAGUGAAGAUCUGCAUGGAGACAGGCAAGAUGGUGGUGCUGCUAAACCUACAGAACCUCUAUGAGAGCCUGUACGAUGCACUCAACCAAUACUACGUCUACCUCGGGGGCCAGAAGUAUGUGGACCUCGGCCUAGGCACCCACCGUGUCAAGUGUCGGGUCCACCCAGCUUUCCGCCUGAUCGUCAUUGAGGAGAAGGACGUUGUGUACCAACAGUUCCCUGUGCCCCUUAUCAACCGGUUGGAGAAGCAUUUCCUAGACAUCCAUACUGUGCUAGAGCCCUGGCAGAAGAAGAUUGUGCACCAGCUCACAGAUUGGGCACAGAAGUUCGCAGAUGUGAAAGCAGACCAGUUCCUUGCUGGGCAUAGUUACAGCCCUGUGGAUGUCUUCAUUGGCUACCACUCGGAUGCCUGUGCUUCUGUGGUGCUGCAGGCUACAGAGAAGCAGGGUUCCAGGCUUGAGAUGGAGGAGCUAGACCACAAGGAGCUGGACCACAAGGUGCUGGAAGAGGCCAAGCUGAUCCUGUUGGAUUGUGCCACACCUGACGCCGUGGUGCGCCUGAACACCUCCAGCCUGGGCUCAUUUGCCGCAAAGGAGCUGUCACAGGAGUACUACUACAAGCAGGAACACAAUUCCUUUGCAGAUUUCCUGCAGGCUCACCUGCACAUUGAGGGCCUGGAACGCCAUGCCAUCUUUACUGAGAUCACCACUUUCUCCAGGCUGCUGACUAGUCAUGACUGUGAAAUCUUAGCGUCGGAGGUGGAGGGCCUGGCCUCGAAGCCCACCGUCCUGUCACUGCAACAUUUUGACACGGAGCACUCUUUCCUCAGAGCAGUCAGAAACUGUUUAGCAAGUACAGCCACCUGUAAAAUCCUUAUCAUUCAGACCGACUUUGACAGUGGCGCCUACAGUGCCCAGCUCAUUGCCUCUGCUAAGUAUUCUGCUCUCAAUGAGGUCAGUAAAACACAAGGAAGGAACAGCUAUAUCUUUGUCUAUUUCAUCACUAAGCUGUCCCGGGUGGGAAGCGGAGCAUCCUAUGUGGGGUUCCAUGGAGGGCUGUGGAGGUCUGUGCACAUCGAUGACCUCCGGAGGUCUGUGAUCAUGGCCUCAGAUGUGACUAAGCUGCAGAACGUUACUAUAAGCCAACUGUUUGAGCCAAGAGACAAACUUGAGCUAGGCAGCCAGGAGGAAGAGAUGGAAGUGGAGCCCAGCAGGUCAGGAAAAGCCGCCAAGAUCAACCUGGAGGUAAAAAGUCCUGAGGAGAUGGAGGUCGAACCUGCGGACCCAAAAGGUGUCACUGCUCAGGUCCUGGACAUCACCAGGUUGCUGCGUAGCUGCGUUCAGGGCGCUGUGGGAAUGCUCAGGGACCAGAAUGAAGGCUGUGCCCGCAACAUGAAGAGAGUUGUCAUCCUUCUGAACCUUUUAAAUGAGGAUAAUGAGUGCAAUGCCUUUUUCUUGCGGGUGACCAAGAAGCACCUCCAUGUUCUUCUAAGGAAGCGAGAAGAAAACCAGCCCUACAGUUUGAGGGAGUGGGUGAGCAGGGAGGCCGCAGAUCUGGAAGCCCUCCAGGAGGCAGGCACCUUCCGGCACACCCUGUGGAAGCGGGUUCAAGGAACCGUCAGCCCUCUCCUAGCGAGCAUGAUAGCACUCCUCGACAGGGAUGCCAACCUGGACCUGCUGGCCCUGCCAGACUUACCAGCCUGGGCACGGGACCUUUGGAUGUUUGUUUUCAGUGACGACAAGCUCCUAGACAUUCCACUUGUGCACAGCAUAAGAUCAAAGAGUGACAUGCCCUCUAUCCUGGUGCAGAAUUACAUGGCUGAGAAUGCCUCCAACAGUGUCCCUUUUAGCUGGAGGAUCAAGGACUACCUGGAAGAGCUGUAUGUGCAGGCUCAGUACACCACGGACUCUGAAGGACUGCCACAGAAGUUCAUAGAAAUCUUCCAGCAGACACCUCUGGGUCAGUUCCUCAACCAGCUCCCCGAAUUGCAGCAACUAGAGCUCCUACAAAGCUACUCCCGAGACUUCCUGCUCCUGACCAUGAAAGUGUCCACCCCUGAGGAGCUGAAGGUAGAUGCCUGCUUCACUGAAGAUCCACCAAAGCACGAUCUGGCUGGCUGUGAGAUGACACUGGAUGCAUUUGCAGCAAUGGCCUGUGUGGAGAAGCUGACAGAAGACACCCUGAAGCCUACUCCCCAGGCCUGGCUGCAGCUGGUAAAGAACCUGUCCACACCCCUGGAGCUCAUCUGCUCUGAUGGGUACCUGCAAGGCAGUGGAAACAUGACCAGAACUCUCAUCAGGGAGGUCAGAGCCCAUUGGCGUCGCAUCUUCUCUAUUUCACUUUUUGUGGAGCACGUGCUGCUAGGGACUAAGAACAAGGUGCCUUCACUGAGCCAGCUGGUCACCAAGUAUGUCUUCUUGCUGGACAAGAGUCUUCAGGAGAACUCGGACCUCAAGAUGCUCAGGCCUUUUGUAGCUGUAAUGGCCAUUCUUCGUGAAUGCAAAAACGAAGCCGGCAAUAUCUUUUCCAGGUUUGGUAUUUGCCCAUGCCCCAUCUGCCUGGGAGAUACACAUGACCCUGUCUGCCUGCCUUGUGACCAUGUGUACUGCCUGACCUGCCUCCGGUCCUGGCUGACCGAUGGGCAGAUGCACUGUCCCUACUGCUUAACAGACCUGCCAGAUGACUUCCCUCUGACCAUUUCUCGAGAGCACAGGGAGGCUGUGAAGAAGCACGCCCUCUUCCGGCGCAUGUGCAACAGCUUCUUCGUGGACCUGGUCUCCACCAUGUGCUUCAAGGACAACACUCCUCCUGAGAAGAACGUAAUCGACAGCUUGCUGUCUUUGCUCUUCAUACAGAAGGGGAUCCUGAGAGAACCCGCUCAGAGGCACCGUGAACACACAAAAUCUCUUUCCCCAUUUGAUGAUAUUGUGGAUAAGACUCCCGUCAUCCGCUCUGUGGUGCUAAAGCUGCUGCUCAAGUACAGCUUUCAGGAUGUGAAGAACUAUAUUCAGGACUACCUGUCCCUGCUAGAGAGCAAAGCAUUCAUCAUGGAAGACAAAACUGAACUGUACAUGCUCUUCAUCAACUGCCUGGAGGAUUCAAUGCAUGAGAAGACCAGUGCUUUCGCCAGGAACAGUGAGCUGAGCUACCUGAGAGACGAAGGCAAUUUCCUCCAGUUUUGCUCCUUUAGAAAACCUGACUGGGAAUCAGCCGCUGUGACCCCUGUCGAGUACCUGCAGGAGUUGGCCAGGAUCCGCCUGUGUCUUGACAGGGCUGCUGACUUCCUCACGGAGCUUCCUGAGCGAUCAGAGCUGACUGAGGAGCGGCAGCGCUACCUGCAGAAAGUGGAGCAGUUCUGUGUCAAGAGUGGGAACGACUGGUACCGUGUGUACCUAGUGAGGAAGCUCUCCAACCAGUGUGGGAUGGACUACGUGCAGAGCUUCUCCAGGCAGGGCCACCCCUGCCGCUGGGUGUUUCCCAAGGAAGCCAUCACGGAGCAGAAGGAUGACCUCAGCCAGAUGGAUGGAUACCUGGUGUAUGAUAACGAAUACAAGGCCGUUCGUGAUGCUGUGGGCCAUGCCAUGCUUAAGUGCAAGAUUCCGGGCAUCGGGACUGCUCUGAUGGCCUGCAAGAGCCCAAGGCCCCAGCAAGCUGUCUACUUAUUGCUUGCCCUGUACAGAGAGGUGGCUGCCCAGUUCCGCUCCCAGAGUACAGACCUCCAUCCUAAGCCAAAGCAACGCGAAGUUAUGAAUAAAUUCAUUGAGGAAAGUAAACUCCUUUCUGCUGAGACCCAACACUUGGCCACAGCCCUUGUGAACAAUACCCUGCCUCUGCUGCACAUGGGGCCUCGUGCCAGCAGCCUUGAAGGAACAGUGGUGGACAUGGCCAUUCAUGCUGCAGCCAUCCUUCUGUGUGGACAGAACAUUGCUUUAAGGCCCCUAAGGAAUUUGGCCUUCUCCCCAGCCAACAUGCAGAAUGCUUACCUUCCAACCAUGCCUGAAGACCUGCUGGCCCAUGUCAGGAAGUCGGGGUGCCUGGGACCUAUCUACUGGUACACUUGUCCCAAUGGUCAUCCGUGUACCGUGGGAGAGUGUGGCAGGCCAAUGGAGCAGGCCCGCUGUGUGGACUGCGGCGCUCUAAUUGGAGGCGUCAAUCACAAACCUGAAGCUGGCUUUCACAUCAUCCAGCAAGACAUAGACAGAACUCAGAGUGGCCACGUGCUGGGCAACCCACAGCCCCGAGGUGUGACCGUGGCACCUGACCGGGAGCUGUCCCCACCUGUCUUCAUUCUCCUCCGACUGCUUACUCAUUUGGCUCUGCUGCUGGGAGCUGCCCAAAGUCCUGAGGCUCUGGGGAACAUCAUUAAGCCUCCAGUGAGAGACCCAAAGGCUUUCCUGGAGCUGCACAUCCAGAGGGAUCUGGAGCAGCUAACCAAGAUGCUGGGGAAGAAUGUGGAUGACACCUGCCUCGUGGUCCACCUUGUGCUGCGCAGGCUUUUCAGAGUGCAGCAUGCCCCCUUUGGCCAAAACACUUUAAAUUUUGAUGAACAACUAUCAACCAAAGAUCGGAGAAACAAUUGGGAGAAAUACAUGGAAAUUCUUAUCUUACCUGAGUUGAAGUGUCUGGAUAAAAACCUCCUCAUGGUGAAUGAUCUCAUCAGCAAAGAUGAGCGCAUCAGCUCCAGCCCUGUGGCCAAAAUCAUAUAUGGUGAUCCAGCCAUCUUCCUCUCCUGCCUACCCCAGAAGAGUGUGGUCCACUGCUCAAAGAUCUGGAGCUGCAGGAAGAAGAUCACAGUUGAGUACCUCCAGCACAUCGUGGAGCACAAGAAUGGCAAAGAGACGCUGCCUGUGCUCUGGCAUUUCCUGCAGAGGGAGGCAGAACUGAGGCUGGUGAAAUUCCUGCCUGAGAUUUUGGCCCUACAAAAAAGCCUAGUGAAACAAUUCCAGAAUGUUCCUGAGAUUGAAUCCAGCUCCAUCAAAAGAUUUAUUAAAAGUCACAGUUCAGAAAGACUAAAGAAGUUGUUUGAGGACAGGAUCACUAUUUUUCUGUCCACGUGGAAUUCCCUGAGGCGAUCACUGGAGACCAACGGUGAGAUUAAGCUCCCUAAAGAGUACUGCAGCUCUGACUUGGAUCUGGAUGCUGAUUUUGAAGUCAUCCUACCACGUCGUCGGGGCCUGGGCCUCUGUUCAACUGCCUUAGUCAGCUACUUGAUCAACCUACACAAUGAAGUUGUCUACAUGGUGGAAAAGUUCUCCAAAGAAAGCAGCAGCUACUCCGUGGAUGCCUCCGAGAUCACUGACCUGCAUGUCAUCAGUUACGACGUGGAGCGUGACCUGACUCCAUUGAUUCUGUCCAACUGCCAGUAUCAAGUGGUGCAAGGUGGGGAGACCUCACAGGAGUUUGACCUGGAAAAGAUCCAGCAGCAGAUCACUGGGCGCCUCCUACAGGGCAAGCCCAAGCUGACAAUCAAGGGGAUCCCUACCCUGGUGCACAGACAUGACCGGAACUAUGAGCAUCUCUUCAUGGACAUCAAGAAGAACAUGAAACAGAUCGCCCUGCCGAGUGCAGUUAUGGGUACCAUUGGUGGGCAGCUGCAGUCCUACAGUGAUGCCUGUGAAGCCCUCUCUGUCGUAGAGGUUGCCUUGGGCUUUCUGAGCACAGCUGGCGGGGACCCAGACAUGAAGCUGAAUGCGUACAUCCAAGAAGUCUUGCGGAUGGGCGACCAGACAACUUCAGUUUUAGAGGUCUUAAGCAGAUGUCAGUUAAAACACGCCAUUGCCCUCUGGCAGCUCCUCUCUGCACAUAAGUCAGAACAGCUGCUGCACCUGAAGAAAGAACCAUUUCAGGACAUCAGUGCAAGGUACAAAAAGGAUCUCAGCCCAGAACAUGCCAAGCUCCUCGGCACUUUCCUAAACCAAAGCAGCCUAGACACCUUCCUUGUGGAGCUCCACGAAAUGAUGGUGCUAAAGCUGAAGACCACUCAGGCUGGAGACACCUUCAACCACACCUGGAGUCUGAAGGAAACUCUGGUAAGUUACAUGGAAACUAAAGACAGUGAAGUCCCUCCAGAUCUGGAAUACCAGUUCCCAGAAGAGAUACUGCUGUCCAGCUGUGUCUCUGUGUGGAAAACUGCUGCCACACGGAAACGGGACCGGCAAGCAAAGUAGAGCAACUGACUCCCUCAGCGCUCGCCUGGGACCUAGCUGGAGAGAUGACGCCGCCUUUUGCUGCCAGGAUUCGCACCAACUGUUGCUUCUGUGAGCACUUGAGAGAAAAGUGGUGCAGCGCUGAACUCAAGUCUGCCUGCACUGUUCCACACAGCACCGUGGGAGCUGCCCUGUUUCUGCAUUCCAGAACUUUCUCACUGUACUGUGAACACAGUUCAUUUCCAGUUAAGGGCUGCACUUCUGUGAAUUUGGAAGUCAAACCCCACCUGUGCUUCCCAGGAGAGACAAGUAGUGUCAAAGUAAUGGUCACAGCCAGUCACGGCCUGUCUCAGGCUCCUUCCUUCUCCAUUACCGUGGAAAAUGCAGGGGAAAUAAUUUUCCCCUUUUUUCUGCUCUGUUCCACAUUCUCAGAAGAGAAUCUGGUUUUCUCCUUUUUCCCAGCCCCUUAAAUACUGAGUAUUAUACAUGUAUUUCUUGGCUUCCAAAAUGUACAGAAGGGUCAUACUCUUCACCUUCUUAUAACAUAAGGAAUGCCAAAGGACAGGCACCUGUCCAUGCCUUAACCCACAUGAACAAGAGCUGACCCAGAUCCUGUAUAAGUCACUGCCGUAUUUCAGAGGGUCAAGGCCAAAACUGUGAAAAGCACUUGGCUGAGUUGGGGACUUUUAUGGUCUCAGUUCCCCAAUGAACAGAGUGGAUUCACAGCCAAAGCCCCUUCCAUUUCUCUUGAGAUUCUAAUUUGUGGCGAUUUUCCUGCCUCAGCCUCCUGAUUAUAGAUGUAUGUCACACACCCAACUCUUGAGAUUCUAAAUGGAAAUUUAUUCAUAUAAACUUGGGCUAGAGGCAUGCUUCUGGCCACUCUCUGGGGAGUUUUUGAUUGUCUAGCAUUAUGCCAAAAAAGUCCAUUCUUUGUGGAAUCUCUGCUCCCCCUAAGUAUAUGAAUAUCUAGUCCAUCUUUGGAGUCUCAGCCAACGCAUAAAAACCGAGAUAUGGUACAAAACCAGUUCAGUUUCCAAAAAGGGGAAUAAGAAAAUGUCUUACCCUGAUCUUGUGCUGUUUUUUUUGUUAUGGAUUCCCACCCCUGAAAAAAUCUACUUUGACACCUUCAACUUCCUGGGACUGAUUCCUGUUCUGCAGCCCAGCGCCGUCUGCAGUGACAUCAGAGCAGCUGUUUACAAAGUGGAGGCUGUGUCCCUGACACCAUUCUCACUCAGUGAGGCACACACUCAAUCAACUUGAUAUCAGGA